CAGAGCUGGCGGGCGGCGGGAUGUGGCAGGUCACCUGCCCGAGCCCCCAUGGCCUGCACAAGCGAUGCCAGGCUGCAACUGGGUCGGGAAGCGCUGCAGGCGGCACCCACGUUGCUGGUUCCCGCGGUGCUGCUGGGCGCCGCACUCGGCCUGGGCCUCGGCCUGUGGCUAGGCUGCCGGGCCAGCCGACUGCGCACGCGACUCCAGAAAGAUGACACCCAGCGCCUGCUCAGGAGUUCAGAGCCCACUGCACACAGCCUGCCAGACACUGGCUCCCGGGUCAGGAGACGCCAGAGAGAAAUGACGACUUCUCGGGAUGAGGAUGCUCCUGAGGAGUGUGACCCACCCUUGAGCAGCAACAUCACAGCAUUUGCACUGAAAGCCAGGGUUGUCUAUCCCAUCAACCAGAAGUUCCGGCCUCUGGCUGAUGGAUCCUCCCACCCGUCGCUGCAUGAAAACCUGACACAGGCAGCGGCCAUCCUGCCCCACCUACCCCACCAGCCAGCAGAGGCCUCACCAGCCAGCAGCCUGGGCAGCCUGAGCCAGGCUGGGAAGGAAGAUGGCAGCUCCUCUUCCAGCAUGCACUCAGCCUACAGUGACGACAGGAUCCUCCACUGUGCCUUCCUGCGGGUGGGCAGCUUCCCUGAGGUUCUGGCCUGUGAGAGUGCGGAUAUUGACCUAUGUGUUCGCAGCCUUCUCCUGAAAGACCUGCUUCAGAUAGACACAGCACUGAGACGGGAGAAGCACCUGGUGUUCAUUCAGAUUCUUAAAGCAUGCCUCCUGGAUGUUUUUCCUAAAAAGAAGCCUGAUGAUGAAUUAUACCAGAAGAUACUUUCAAAACAAGAGCAUGAUUUGGAGGAGUUAGAAAAGGGACUUCAAGCCAGAUUGGCGAACACAGUGACUCCAAUGGGCACCAGUGACUCUAGCUACGUCUCCCUGGCAGAUGUGGAGAGGAAGGAGAGAGAGCUCUCGGAGCAACUCAUAGACAAUAUGGGAGCUUUCUGGAAGCAGAUGGAAAGCAUCCAGCCCAUUCUCGUGGACCAGUUUAAAUGUUCCAGCUCAAAGGCACGGCAACUAGUGAUGACUCUGACAGGAAGAAUGAUUGCUGCUGAAGGGCUGCUGCGUGAUGCUCAGGACCUGCAUGCUCUGGAUGCCCUGGAGAGAUCACUGGGUCGGGCCCACAUGGCAAGAAUGGUAGAGUUCCUGAGGAACCAAAUCCAGGAGGAGACCAAAUGCCGGCUGGCUGCUAUCUCCCAUGGCCUGGAGCUGCUGACAGUCCAGGGACAGCUGUCUGGGAGGCAAAAGGAGGACCUUCUGACCCAACAGCACAAGGCCUUCUGGGAAGAGGCAGAGUGCUUUGGCAGGGAAUUCCUUCAGAGGAGCAAAGACCUGGUCCAGGCGUCUCUGGCUCACCAGGCAGAAGUGAUGGCGGAGCUCACACAAAUCCAAGAAGAAGAACAGAGAAGUUUCCUGGCUGAUUCCCAGCUGACCUCAGACCUGGGGGAGUUCCUCAAGGCUUUUCAUGAGGUCCUGGAGAGGCAGUGGCUGACCCGGAGUGACCAAGAGGAGGAAGAGGAUAUCAGGAUCACGGAGGCCAUGGCUGCACUCUGCCAAGAGCUGUACUGUGGCACCAUGGAAACCUUCCAGAAGUUUGUGGACACUCUGUUCCUGAAGACGCUCCCAGAAGUGAGCAGUCUCCCCGUGGCAGAAUGCGAGGCCCUGAGGCAACAGGUCCAGGAGCAGGCAGCGAGACAGCUGGGGCAGGUGGACCGAUUUCGCAGACGGCAGUGGGAACUCCUGUGUGACCUCUUGGAACAGGACAGGCGGGUGUGGCUGGAGGAGUGUGCGCUGUCCACGGUGCUGCAGAGGCAGCUGCGGGAGCACCAGGAGAGCACCAUUCAUAGGGUCCUGAGCCGAUUCAGUGGCCUCUCUGAAGAGUCCACACGAGGCAUCCUGCAGGGCCACGAGCUGCUGCUCUGCUCCGCUCUGCGUAGACUGGCCCUCCGAGGCACCACCACCACUGCCCUGGCUCAAAUGAGGCUCUCUGGGAAGAAGAGGCUCCUGCAGGAGCUGCGAGAGCAGCUGGCUCUGGAGCAGGGAGCCUCCCCCUGCCUGGAGGAGCAUCAAUGGCAGCUGCUCAGAGCCCUGGAAGCACGGAUCCUGGAGGAGGCAGCUAGACUGGAAGAUGAGGCACAGCAGACAGGCCUGCGGCUCCAGCAGCAGCUCCUUACAGAGGUGCAAGAGGCAGGGCAGCUGCUACAGAUGCACUCAGAGAGGGCCGUUGGGCAAGCAUUGUUGGUGCAUGCAAGAAAUGUGGCCAGUAAGGGCCGGACAAGAGACAAGGAAGACUUCAAGAAGACGCUGGUGGAUACGGUGGUGGAGAGUGUGUAUGUGACCAGCACCAGUGUCGGCCACCUCGUGCAGGCAUAUUACCAGCGCGUCGGGAAGCUCCUGCAGGCCCACGAGGAGCAAGUGCUGCAGCGCCUGAAGACCCUGCAGGGUCCCCAGCUUCACCCCAGGCCUAGAAGAGUCUACCUUUCAAAGGCACAGCUUGAUUGCCUUAUCUCUGUGGGUCCAGGUGAGAGAAUCAACACUUACAAGGUGUGGAAGAAGCAAGAAUUCAGUGACCUACCGUCAGGGAGCCAGACAGCACCGUUGGGGAACCAGACAGCUGAUACCCAUGGAGCUACCCAGGCGGUGCAGCAGAGGAUGCUGUCACGGCAGAAGAAAUUCCUGAGCCAGUUCACACAGCACCAGCAAGGCCGCCUGAACUGUCAAAAGCAGAAGGCGCGCGAGCUCGACCAGCUCGAAGCCCAGCUUGAGACCCAACUGCAGGAAGCUGAGCAGACCUUUAUCUCAGAGCUGGCGACACUGGCCCGAGUGCCCCUUACUGAAAACAAGCCAUUCUCCAGCAAGCGGGGACUGCCAGAGAAGCCGGUAAGGACCAGACGAAAGAAGCCCCCACCUCGGGAAAGAGAGGACCUGGGGCCGCCCAACAAGGAUCACCCUACCCAGGCGGACCACACCACAGGACCACUCAGCAGCAGAAGGCUGGGUCAGCAGGACAGCGACGCUGGCAAUGGAGAAAACUCAAGGAAGAUGCUGCAGAGAAGAAGCAAUCUGUAGCUGGAACCCUGCUGAGAUGGACCUACUGCCUGCCUCGCUUCCUCUGUGGCUGCAGCCUUGUGGUUCAGUUUGGGCCAAGGGUUGAAGGCGGGUCUUGAGAGAGGGGAUGCCACCUACCUUAGAAAGUGGAAAUGACAUGACCACCAAGUGCCUGGGAUGACUGGAGGUGGUGGAGACAGGCCUUGGAAAACUUCGGCUUCUGCCCUGGUGCACUUUCCCUGACUGCUUGCUUCCUCUCUCGGGAGCACCCUCUACUCCUGCCCUCCAGCCUCACGGUGUCCUGGUGCUACCCAAUGGCCCCUGGUUCCCAGCAUCUCCACAAUGUCCUACCUGCCAGGGUCUCAGCAUCACUGGUGUUGUCUAAGCCUAAAGUCCUUGUUUCAUCCACAUUGCUCCACAGUCAUGUCCUGCCAGAGACCCAACCAGGACCAGCCAACUUUUGCUCUUGGUAGCUCUAUCUUUUGGUUCAGGAGUCCUGGGACCUGGUUACUCAAGGAUGUCAGACUCUCAGAGCCAAUGUCCUUGGCACAGCCAUGGAGUAUCCAUAGGUCUGUUCUGAAUUAUUUGGAGCUUGGGGACCACAUGUGCCUGUCACAAACCAUACGAUCUCCUCCUUGGGCAUGGAGGGCGUAGGAGGAUAUCCCUACCCUCAGGCUUCACUGCAGAAGGGGAAACCUUCAACCAGCCAGCAGUCACUCCCCUGAGGAGAGAUCCCCAGGUCACCUGCUCCUCCAGAGGGAUAAGAGGACUUCCAUAAGCUUCCAAACCAGUCCCACUUGCCCCCCAGGUCAGGGGUCUUUCCCACUCAGGGGACAAUCUCUUUCAUCAUCAGGUAUCCCUAAUCAUCACUGUCAACAUUUUGGGUGUGAUCCCUCUUUGCUUGGGUGUGAAAGCUGUUGAUGCCAAAGAUGGAGUCUCUCAUGUCAGACCCAGAGCCACGUGCAGCCAGGAGGUUGUGAAUGGCACACACUGGUGCAUUUGAGAUGAGCACUGACACACAUGAAAACACUGCUUCACACUCGUGUGCCUGCGAGUGAUGCCUGAGGCCAGGCACUUCUGACUGAGGGCUCGGCUGAUGCAGCAUCCGACCUUCCUUCUCCUUCCCUCUUCCAUUCUCCUGCUCCCCGUGCCGUAGCCUCCUUGCACAUGAGCCAUCCCUGACUCAUUCUUAAUAAAAACCUCUAGCCCAGGA